GAACAAAUUGGGUCAUCAUAUGCAACCUUUUCGUCACUCAUUAAACAAUCCUCUUUUGGUGCUUUGACCGACGGGCAGACCUUCUGGUAUAAUAUAAAUAAUAAUCCUUCUUACUAUAAUGAGGUAAAAUCCUAUCCAUCAUGCAUAUAUUCCAACUUAUGUGUAUUGAUAACUGCCAAUUUAUCAUACUGGCAUGAAAAUGCACAAAGUAACCCUGAUAUUUCUGCCACAAUUCCUAAAGAUCUAUAUACUCAGAUGAAACGGGUUUCUGCAUGGUCAAUUGAUUUUCUACCUGAAUGGUUUGGAUAUAUCCUCCCUUUUCAUUUAUUACUCCCAUAUAUCAACUCUAUAAUAUUACUCUCCACGGCUUUUAUACGAGGAUUUUCUACCAUACGCAUAUCACCACAGGAUUCUAGUGUACAAGCCGUAACUGGAUCUGGAAAAUCUGUUAUGUUACCAAUAGCGGCAUUAACACGUGAACCUAACUUAGACACAAUCUUUAUAAAUAAAAACAAUGAGAGAGAUUCACCACUAUUAUCUGAUAAUACUUUAGAUAACCCAAUAUUUGUUCACAAAAUAACGAGGAGUACUUCUCAGUCAUCAAUAGAUAAAUGGACCCAAGAUGGACAUCGCCAUAUUUUUAUAAUGACAUAUGCACAUGAACAACAAUGGGAAACUUUAAUUCUAUAUCAAGAGAUGAAAAAAAAUAAAGUUUACGAAUAUUCUAAAAUUAUCAUGAUGACAGCUACACCCGUCUUGUGGGAUUGGGUUACAUCACAUUGGACAGCAGAUGCCCAAGACCCAGUUGACAAUUAUGUAUGGGGUAAAGAAACAUUACCUAAAUAUUUCCAACCACAUGAAUCUUUCAUAAGAGUUGUCGCUAUGCAAGAAGUUGUUUUUCAAUUGUCGGAAUUAUCUAUCCUGACUCAUGUUAUAUCCCGUGCAACACAAGAUCAAAAACCAGAUCAUUU